CCCGGGCGGGCGCGCGAGGACGGAGCCACCAUGGGGAACAAGCAGACCAUCUUCACCGAGGAGCAGUUGGACAACUACCAGGAUUGCACCUUCUUCAACAAAAAGGAUAUCCUCAAGUUGCACGCACGGUUCUACGAGCUGGCCCCCAACCUGGUGCCCAUGGACUACAGGAAGAGCCCCAUCGUGCACGUGCCCAUGAGCCUCAUCAUCCAGAUGCCGGAGCUGCGGGAGAAUCCCUUUAAGGAGAGGAUUGUGGAAGCCUUCUCUGAGGAUGGCGAUGGCAACCUCACCUUCAACGACUUCGUGGACAUGUUUUCCGUGCUGUGUGAGUCGGCGCCCCGGGAGCUGAAAGCCAACUAUGCCUUCAAGAUCUACGAUUUCAACACAGACAACUUCAUCUGCAAGGAGGACCUGGAGCUGACACUGGCACGGCUCACCAAGUCAGAGCUGGAUGAGGACGAGGUGGUGCUGGUGUGUGACAAGGUCAUCGAGGAGGCCGACCUGGAUGGUGAUGGCAAGCUGGGCUUCGCCGACUUUGAGGACAUGAUCGCCAAGGCCCCCGACUUCCUCAGCACCUUCCACAUCCGCAUCUGAGGACUCAGCUGGCUGACACAGGUGGCCCAGGGUGUGUACCAGCCCUGCUAUGUGCACGAGAGGAUGGCUCCCAGCUCCAUGGAAAAGCAGCCUGGGCCUCUGGGGAGUCUACACCUAUGAACAUUUCCUGUGGCCCUUUCAGCAAAAACAAAGCAAAAAUCCCC